AUGGAUGGCCUUGAAAAGGAGCCUAUUGUCAAGAGGUCAAGGCAGGCGGCAGGCGACCUUCAAUUGAAGCAGCCCUUCAGUAGCGAAGCCGCGGUCGCGGUUGACCGGCCGGCUGCAGGUGCAGGCGUGGCAGCUGGGCAGGAGCCCGCCGUGCCCGCGGCACCGCCCGCCAACGUCGCAGUCGCUGCACCGGCAACCGGCAUUGCGAGUGACAAGGAGCUGGCACAGCAGCCACAGAAUCAGCAGCAGCAGCAGCAGCAGCAGCAGCAGCAGCAGCAGCAGCAGCAGGGUCGCAAGCGUAAGAAACGCGAACAAGAUCCGGCCUUUGCGUACGUGCACGCGAUCCGGAUGGCCGCCAAGACGGGCAACCCCCACGCGGCGCUGGCCGUGCACGACAGGAUGCGGGAGCUCCGCUUGAGGCUCAACCUAGGGGACCUCUCGACACUCAUGCAGAUAUGCACGGGCCAGAACGCCUGGGAGGGUGUUGCGCGCGCGAACCACGUGUGCCGCCUUGGCGAGGGCGCGAGCGAGGCAGAGGGCUGGCUGCUGGAGCAGAUACCAUUCCCCGUCAACACCACCAACUGGGUGGGGCCGGCGGGCGAGAAGCCCCAGACACCAUCCAUUGUGGAAACGGAGGGAUGGGAGGUGCGGGAGCGCAGCCAGGAGGAGGUCUUGGCGGCAGUGGAUACGCUGUGGGCGGAGAUGCAGGCUGCGGGCCAGGCCCCCGACGAGACCAUUCUCACGCACCUGGCACGCGCCGCCGCCGCGCGGGGCGACCCAGACGCCGCCCUCGGCUUUGCUAGGGAGGUGGUGGCGGCGGAGCGCGGCGGCGGCAGCGGCGGCGGCGGCGGCGGCGGCGGCAAAAUGGUGGCGCGGCUGCGGACGUUCCAGCCGGCGCUGGUGGGGCUGGCGCUGGCGGGGCGCGCUGACGAGGCGCUGGCGGUUGCUGAUGAGCUGGCGGCGCUGGGGCGGGACUACCUGGACCUCACGGAGUCUGAGUACGCGCUGCUGCUGGAGGCCGUGGCGCGGGGCGGCGGCUACGCCCAGUUCGCCGCCCUCCUCGGCCGCAUGCAGGCCGACCUCAACCAGCUGCGGCCCUCGACCCUGGCUCUGGUGGAGCGCUUCUUCGCAGCACCCGCGGCAGCGGCGGCGUUUGCGGAGGGCGGGCCUAUGGCGGGGCGCGGCGCGGGGUGGGAGGCGGCGCGGUGGGUGGCGGUGGACCGCUCAGGCUUCAGUGAAGACGCGGGCGAGAAGCUGCAGCGGUUUGACUUGUCUCAGGGCGAGUGGGACAUCUUUGCCGAGUCGAUCGCCGGCUUUGCGCGCCAGCACGAGCGGCGGACGGACGCGUUUGACAACUUCAAGCAGUGGCUGGCCAGGAACGGCAAGCAGCAGCCGUACGAGAUAUUUCUGGACGGCGCCAACAUAGCGCUGGCCGGGCAGAACUGGGAGGGGGGAGGGUUCUCAAUGGACCAGGUCAAGGCGGUGUGGGACAUGCUGGCCGCCGCAAACCCCGGCCGCCGCAUGCUGCUCAUCUUCCACGCUGGACGGCUAAACGAGAUCAAGGCGCGCCACCAUGCGUACGUGCCGUGGGUCGACAAGCUCAUUGCUGACAAGGCCAUGUUCGUGGUGCCCCCCGGCUCCAACGACGACUGGUACUGGCUCUAUGCAUGCGGAAGCGGCCUGUUGGUCAGCAACGACGAGCUCAGGGACCACAUCUGGGCGCUGCUGCGCCCCAAGCACUUCCUCCGGUGGAAGGUGCGCCACAUCGCCACGUUCACCCCCCUGCACAGCGGCGCCAUCCGGCUGCACCUGCCCUCGCCGUUCACGCCGUGCGUGCAGCAGCUGCCGGGGAGCGGCGCGUGGAUGGUGCCGGCGGCGGAGCGAGACGAGUGGCUGCUCAUCCGGCCCAGCGCGGGCUGA